UUCUCUUUCAUUAAGGGGAGUAACUAGAAAUGGCUGGAUCCUCAAUUCCCUCAAAUCUGCACCAAUUCCCCAAUCCCCCUUCGCCUUCUCCUCCCUUCUUCUCCUUACCUCAAACCCGAUCUUCCACCAUGGAGAAAACCCUUCAAGAUCCCCUCGAAACAAAUUUCGAAGAAUGGGAAUUUCUACCCGACAACUCCUCCUUCCUUGAAUUCGGUCUCGACGAUAUUGAAGACCUAAUCUCCAACGAAAUCAUCUACACUGAUUACUUCAGAGAAGAACCGAAGCUCAUCCAGCAAACUCCAGCCCAUAAUCAAGAAGAAGAUUCGCAGUUCAAGGAUAUAAGCAUCUCCCAUGUCUUCUUCAAGAUGAUAAAUCCCAAGGUCGAUGAGGAACUCAUAGAGCUCACGAGGCCGAGCUACGAACUAGAGCAGAGUACAGUGGAGGUUGUUGUGCAGGAGAUUGAGGCCGCGCCUUCGGUCUAUCUGAUGGAAGAGAAGGUUAAUUUGGCGGAAAAGGGAGAAUUAACGGAAGAGGAGGAGGAGGAAAAGGCGAUGUGGGAAGGGAUCGGGAUUAGAAUAUGGAGAUGGAGGUUUAUGGGUGUCGGUGCUCUGUUUUCCAUUGGAGCGGCGGCGGCUGCUACUAUAUGCGUGGUCGCGUUCGGCGGGCGAGAGGGCAAGCAGCCGCCGUAUCGUCGUCACCAGCAUCAGAGCAAUCUUCUUCAGUUCCAUUUUCAUAAUGAAGACCAGAGUGUUAGUCAAUUGGUGGAACAAGCAAGCAGACUGAAUCAAGCGCUGGCAGCAGCGAGGGGGACCCCAACAAUGAUGCGCACAGCGAAAAUAUCCUUCGGUGGCAGCUACGAUGGCCUCUGAUUAUUCAUGGUUUAUAUGGUGAUCUGCUGAAUUAAAUAUUUCUAUAUUUUUUAAUCUAUUUUGUGGACGUGGAUUGUUUUUAUGAACAAUUCAAAAUGGGAGGAAAGAUCUAUAUAUUUUGUAUAUGAUUUAUGAAUUAUACCACAGAAUAAUAUGAGAAAAUUAUCUGAUACA